AUGAAUUACGUUGACAAUGAAUUUGUCAACUCUAUGUCCAAAAACCAAUCUUACCUUGUUCCAGAUCCUGACAAUCUUCAAGUGGGGAUGACAUUUCCCACAAAAGAUGUGGCAAUGCAGUGUGUAAAAGAAUAUCAUAUGCACAAUUCUACGAGCUUCGUUGUUGCACAUUCUGAUAGCACUAGAUGGAUUGUCCAUUGUAAAAAUAAAAAUUGUAUGUGGAGGUGUAGAAUCUUGAAUGGAAAGAAAUCAAACAUCUGGAAGAUCACAAAACUAGAAGGGCCACACACAUGCUCAUCAACAAUGGUUUCACAAGAUCACCAACAACUCUCUUCGGCUGUUAUUUGUGAAAGCAUCUUACAAAUGGUAACAACAGAUCCCACAAUAUCAGUUUCAGUAUUGAUUGCACAUAUACGAUCUCGGUACACAUAUACCACUACUUAUAGAAAGACAUGGAUUGCAAAACAAAAGGCCAUUGAGAGAAUAUACGGCAAUUGGGAGGAAUCAUAUAAAGAGCUUCCAAGGUGGAUUCUUGCUUUUAAACAUUAUCUUCCAGGUACUGUUACCGAUAUUGAAGUGGGACCCUUUAUUGAGGAUGGCCAACGAAUUCCUAGCAAAGCUGUCUUUCAUCGUCUCUUCUGGAGUUUCCAACCAUGUAUCAGAGGGUUUGAUCAUUGUAAACCAGUUGUUUCAGUUGAUGGAACAUGGUUAUAUGGGAAGUAUCGUGGGACCUUACUAAUGGCAAUCGCUCAGGAUGGUAAUGGUCAUACCAUUCCUAUAGCAUACGCUAUUGUUGAGGGUGAAACAUUAGAUGGUUGGUUUUUCUUCCUCAGUCGUCUACGAAUGUUUGUCACACCUCAACCCAACCUCUGCUUGAUUUCAGAUAGACAUGAGUCGAUUAAAAGUGCUGUUAGGCGUGUAAACAGCAAUUGGCAUCAUGUCUUUUGCGUUCGACAUAUAUCACAAAACUUCAUGAGGACCUUCAAAAAUGGGCUAAUGAAAGAUCUUGUAACCAACAUGGGAUACGCUAUGACUCAACCAAGCAUCACAUACUUUAGAAGACAAAUCAGUGAUUGGAGUCAAGAUGCAGUGAAAUGGCUCGACGAUAUUCCAAAGGAGCAAUAG